CCCGGGUGCCUCUAGAUUUCCUCUUCCUUGGACCAUCCCCCGUUUGCUGAGCUGCCGCCGUGUCCCAGGCACUGUACCAGGUGAAAGAGGGUCUGCAGGUGAAUCGGGGGCGUUGCGGCUAUUCCAGUGCUGACUCAGACCUGACCGCCCAGGACCAUGUCUGGAGAACUCCCGCCGAACAUUAACAUCCGGGAGCCUCGAUGGGAUCAAAGCACGUUUGUGGGACGGGCCAAUCAUUUCUUCACUGUGACGGACCCCAGGAACAUCCUGCUAACCAACGAACAACUAGAGAAUGCCAGGAAGACCGUGCACGACUACAGGCAAGGCAUCGUCCCUGCAGGUCUCACGGAGAAUGAAUUGUGGCGAGCGAAGUACAUCUAUGAUUCAGCUUUCCACCCCGACACCGGAGAGAAGAUGGUUUUGAUCGGACGGAUGUCGGCCCAGGUGCCCAUGAACAUGACCAUCACAGGCUGUAUGAUGACAUUUUACAGGAGCACGCCGGCCGUGCUGUUCUGGCAGUGGGUCAACCAGUCCUUCAACGCCGUGGUCAACUACACCAACCGGAGCGGAGACGCGCCCCUCACUGUGAAUGAACUGGGAACAGCUUACGUGUCUGCGACAACCGGCGCUGUGGCGACCGCUCUGGGACUCAACGCCCUGACCAAGCACGUGUCGCCACUCAUAGGACGCUUUGUGCCCUUUGCCGCGGUGGCCGCUGCUAAUUGCAUCAAUAUUCCACUAAUGAGGCAAAGGGAACUCAAAGUCGGCAUUACCGUGAUGGAUGAAAACGGGACCCGCUUGGGUGAGUCAGCGCACGCUGCGAAACAAGCCAUCGCCCAAGUGGUCGUCUCCAGGAUUCUCAUGGCCGUACCUGGCAUGGCCAUCCCUCCGUUCAUCAUGAACUCCUUGGAAAAGAAAGCAUUUCUGAAGAGGUUCCCGUGGAUGAGCGCUCCCAUUCAGGUCGGGCUGGUCGGCUUCUGUUUGGUGUUUGCCACGCCUCUGUGCUGCGCCCUCUUUCCUCAGAAAAGUUCCAUGUCCGUGACAAGCCUGGAGGCCGAGCUGCAAGCCAAGAUCCAAGAGACCCACCCUGAGCUACACCACGUGUACUUCAACAAGGGGCUAUGAUGUAGGGAAGGACCCCCUGCCACCCCCCGCCCACCACAGACCCGGUGUGGCCUCGGUUAGGAAGCCCUGGUCCACCUGGGCUCUCUCAGUCAUGGAAACCUCCUGAAGACCCACAGAAACCUCCUGAAGACCCACGGAAACCUCCUGAAGACCCACAGAAACCUCCUGAAGACCCACGGAGACCUCCUGAAGACCUGCGUCAGCCCCUCAGAGCCGGGCUGCUCUGGACAGCACAGCGCCUGGGUGGGCUGGCGCCCACGCCUGUUGGCUCUCUCACCUUCGAAUCAUGGGGCAGUCAACAGAAAUGGCCUUCCUGUAGCUUCCACAGUAAUUGUUUCUCAAAGACAACGUUCCAGCCCUCGCCUCGAGUUUCAAAAGCACUGCGAGGCAUAGAGUAGAUAGAUGUUCGGUACGUGCUCAAGAAGUUGUCAGUCAGUGAAAAGGCAACCUGGGUAAAAUACUGAAUUUUUAUCCCGCUCAUGUUUCAAAGCAAGGCCAUCUAGGUAGUGAUUUGGGAAAAUGCAAAAGCUCUGAUGCUAAACGAGAAAAAAUGAUGCGUAAAUAUUAAGGGCAUUUGGCCUCCGGUUUGGGCGGUGGGCAACCCAAAGCAGAUGAGUUUAGGGGAUUCGCAGGGUGAAGCCUCCCCCACAGACCUCCCGAGAGUCCCACAACAGACACGCGUGGCCAGCUGCCCUUGCUCUCCAGAGCUGCGUGCUCCUCGCUUGUGGAUGUCUGUGGUUGACUUUCAAAUUUAUUCUGUUUUACAUUCUUAUGACUUGAUAUUUGAUUAUUUAUGUCAGGUAAUCAGGUAGCUGAAAGGUACAGAUGUCGUGUGUAGGAGGGGUAACCGGUGCUGUGUGACUGGGCUGAUUGUGGUUUGCCUGACAGUGUUUAGAAGUGAGAGCACAGUUCCAGCCCCCACGUGUCUUUUCCGACCACCCUUAUAGAUCCAUUGGAAAGAUGCGGACAUAAUAUGGACGUAAACCGGUGACUAAACGAAUUUUACCUGAAGGGUGUGUGUCCCAUUUUGCCCUGUUUGGAGAUAAGGACCCCGUGGACCACUGUUUACAUCGCCUGUGGUAGUUUCACAUUUAAUAGUUUGUGUAACAGAGAUUGUGUUUCCAGACUGUCAACAUUCAAAGGUGUAGGCAAAGGGGGUGUGCGCUGCCUGUAGACCGCUCGAUCCCACUGUAACGCAGAGACGUGUAAGUGGAAAAAAUGUAGAAACUAGUGUUGGCAGAUCCUUUCCUGACAAUGUGACCAAGCUGAAUUUCCCCAUAAAGAAAAACGGUGUGCCUCGUGUCUGUAUUUCUCUCUUCUCCCAAAGGAUGGGUGGACCUGGAGUUUAGGGCCACCCUGAGCCUGCCUUCAUGCCACCAAAAUGUCCCCAUUUCCAUUUUCUGUCCUAACCCCUUUGAGGCAAAAUAAGUCCCCCCACGACACAAUCCGGCCUUGCGUGGGUUUUGUUGCCAUAGAUGCUUCUUUUUAAAAAGUGGAAAAAGCCUGAAAUCCAAGGUAGAUCUGAUCUCCAUGAGGUGCUUCAGGGGUGCAGUUAACCAUUGCCCAGAGCAGGGGAGGCCCCAGCUAAUUGAAUUCUCACCCGGUUCAUGGGAGCUGCGUCUCAGAAUCCUCACCUAUGUUGAAAAAGUAAUGGCUGGGCAGAGGGUUGAUGAACUCACAUUUUUGGACACCAGGGAAGGCGUGUCCUAAGCCCUGUGAUAAAGGGAUACGAACAUGGAGCUGUGUCUGUAAACGUUACUUGUGGACGCUUACUGCUCUUGACGCCUUCUAGAGAGACUUACUGUCUAGUUCAAUCAUGUUUAUAAAAAGGAACAAAUGAGCCAGGAUUGGUGACCUCUGCCGGCCUCUUAGAAACGGGUUUUCUGGAGAAAAGCUCACGGGACGUGCAAUAAGCUUGUGGAGGCGCGUGGGACUCGGUGCCAGUGGCCGAGGUGAGGGGCCCGUGGGCGGUGCUUAUUUCAGUGUUAGCGAGCGUCUUGCCAGUGUCGGGAUCAAGGUACUGUUUCGAUUCAACUGGAAGAAACGUCAAAUAAACGCAGAAUGAAAGGAAA